AUGCUUAGACAGUCUGCACACGUUAGGCGUUUUUUUGCGACGUCUGCGAUCUCCAGAAACAGCAGCAGCAGCAGCAGCAGCAGCAAGAGUAGCUCACUGUAUGCGUUCAAGUCUCAGUUGGACGACUACAUCUACUACCACUCCUUGUCGUCGCAGUGGCGUCCAUUGGUGUACCGCCAGCGUAAUGCGGAGGUGUUGACCUCGCUGAACGCAGUGGACAAGAAGAACAACCCUCUAACCCCUCGCCAGUAUCCCGGGGUGCCUUCGAAAAAGAAGUUGAUCAAGUUCAUAUCGUUGUUGCUCACCGCGGAGGAGGUGAAACUCGUGCGCUCGUCGCUCGAAGAGCUCUCGAAAAUCAGAAUAAGCAGCAAGACCAGAAAGGGCAGCACGAAGAAGGACUCCAACAAGGGCAAGUACCUCGACCCUUCGGUGCUGAACGAGUUUUUGUACAAGAGUUACGAGCUUGACAGCAAGCUCUUCACCGAGAACCUUGUCUGGGCCGACCAGAUCCGGGAAGAGGACUCGGUGUGGUCGGUGAAAAACACCGAGGCUGUUGCGUUUGUUCGCUCGAUGAUCAUCAAGACCUCGUUCCCAGCCAACCCGGAGGUGAACUUCCAGACAAUGGUGGAGAAGAUGAAGCACUGGGCUGCCAAGGCAGAGAUGAGCGAGACAGGCAGCAUUUUGUACAACGCCUCGCUGGUGGUUGCGUCUGUUUACUCUAACAGUCUAAAAGAGAACUCGACAGCCUUGAACCAUUUGGACGCCCUCACAAAGAACAAGGUGUACACCGUCAAGCCUCAAACCGACUAUCUGCAGUACGACCACGCAUACUCAAUAAUCAGCGCCUUGAAGGACGCCUCGAAGCACGAGUAUGCCGAAAACAACGCACAGCUACUGGAGUUAGUUUCGAGAUGGAGCACGUUCCUCGCAGACGUUGAGAACUUGAAGCAGAACACCCCAAGCACCUAUGAGAGAUUUCUGAGUGCCGAAGAGGGCAAGAGGGCAGCAGCUGCAACUGCCACUGCUGGCGCUGCCGCUGAGCCAGCGCCGGAACAGGAGUCUGCGGAUGCUGCAAAGGCGCAACAAUGA